AUGCCACACACAGCAAAAUCACACAACUCGUUCGCGCACUCGCUCGCAGACCAUAUACGCCCAGCACUCGCACAACUACUCCUACACGCCCGCAACUUCCCCGCUCGAACCGCCGUCCCCGACGAAGAGCCCGCCGUCGAACUCGCACCCCUCGCGCCCUCUUCCUCUGGCACCCGCACCCGAGCGACAACCAGCGACGACACGAUGAAGUUCUCGCAGAGCUUGCUCUUCAACGCCGUGCCGGACUGGCUCAACAACUACAUUGCCUACGACGCACUCAAAGCGCAGAUCUACAAGUUUGAGAAACAAGCCGUCCUCCAACAACAACACGCCCCGCCUACCUCGUACCGCGACGAAGAGACCGACCUCGAACACGCGGGCGAGGCGAUAGGAACGAAGGAGGAGAACGAGAGGGUGUUCGUCAAGCUGCUGGAUAAGGAGCUGAACAAGAUCACGGACUUUUACGUCUCGAAAGAACGCGAACUACUCGGCGACCUCCAGCUGCUGAAGGAAGACCUCGAGCGCCUUCGCGAAGAAGAAGAAGAAUCCGAGUCUGCAUCUCGCGGCGGCGCAGAGUACUCUGACGACGAGGACCUCUCCGCCCGCCAGCACCGCACGGCUCGUCGUCGGCGGGCAUCGAGUCACGGAGCGAGCGGAGCGGGACUGGGUACGUCGGGCGGGUCGGAUUCGGAGGAGGGUGAAGACGAAGAGGGAGAUGAGGAUGGGGAAGAGGGGGAUGAGAGGAAGAAGGGCGAUUUGGCGAGGCUGUUGAAUGAUCCGAGGGAGUACAGUGAGGCUGCGAGGGCGGGGCGUAGGAACGCUCGCAGGACGAGUACGAGCGGGAGUCGAGCGGGUGCGAAGGGGAAGAGCCGACGGGGCAGGGCGCUCAGCUCGGCGAGCGAGACAGGAGACUUGAUCGGAUUGCACGACGGCGACGACGACGAUGCGGACCAGCAGGAACCCGUCACGCCUUCCCGCCGCCGACCUAGCCUCGCACAGCGCUCCUCCCACCCGUCCUUCAACAACGGUACCGUCGCGUCCCGCUCCUCCGGCCUCCGCACCCGCCGCUCACUCGCAAACCGCAUGAUGACCGGCUCGUUCCUCACCGACGGCGAGGACAGCUCUAACCCUCAGGCGUGGGACGGGCUGAGCGACUGGGCCAUCGACACGCGGAUCAUGUUCAAGCGCAGGUUGGCGAGCUUGUUCACGAGCUUGAGCGAGUUGAAGCAGUUUGUCGACUUGAACUACACUGGCUUCCGGAAGGUCAUCAAGAAAUACGACAAGAUCACCAACUCGGAUCUCCGCCAGCGGUACAUGUCGACCAUCGUCGACCACACGUUCCCCUUCGAGCGCACGACCCAGCAGCGUCUACAGGCCGGCGUGCAAGAGAUCGUCCCGCUCUACGCCGACCUCGCAACAGGCGGCGACGCCGACCUUGCGCUCAAGCAGCUCAAGGCGCACCUUCGCGAGCACGUUGUCUGGGAGCGCAACACCGUCUGGCGGGAGAUGAUCGGUCUGGAGCGGCGGGGAUGGGGAGCGGCGGGAAGCGGUGGGCGAAGGGCGGGAGGAGCGUUCCUGGGCGCCGGGAUGGGCAAUGACCUCCCGCUCGUCCAGCCUGCGAGCCCGCCAACCGGCCUCGAGUCGAAGAUCGCAGAGAUCCCGACGCCUCUCGGACGGGUCCGCGUGCCGUGGUGGAUCAACAGCCAGUCGGUCGCUGCGGCGCUGGCGAUCGGCUUGUUCGUCUUCAUCCUCUCGGGCGAAUGGUUCGACCGGGUCGAAGAGCAGAAUUGCCUGGCGUUGUUGGCGGUCGUUACCAUCUUCUGGGCUCUCGAGAUCAUGCCACUCUUCGUCACCGCUCUGAUGGUCCCCUUCCUCGUCGUCGUCCUCCGCGUCCUCCGCUCUACCGACGGCCUCGACAGGCGCCUCACCUCAGUCGAAGCGACGAAGUACAUCUUCAGCCAGAUGUUCUCGCCGACGCUCAUGCUUUUGCUUGGAGGGUUUACGCUCGCCGCGGCGCUUUCGAAGCAGAACAUUGACAAGGUGCUCGCGACGAAGGUCCUCUCGUUUGCCGGCACAAAGCCUCGCUCCGUCCUCUUCGCCUAUAUGCUCGUCGCUUGCUUCGCGAGUAUGUGGAUCUCGAACGUCGCGGCGCCGGUCUUGUGCUACUCGCUCAUUCAGCCCAUCCUCCGCACCCUCCCGUCAAAGUCGCCGUUCUCGAAGGCGCUCAUCCUCGGCAUUGCCCUCGCCUCCAACAUUGGCGGCAUGGCUUCGCCCAUCUCAUCGCCGCAGAACCUCAUCGCCCUCGAGUACAUGAACCCGCCCAUCUCGUGGAUCGGCUGGUUCAGCGUCUCCAUCCCCGUCUCGUUCACCUCGGUCGUCUGCAUCUGGCUCAUUCUCCUCUGGUCGUACCGCGCCGGCGGGUCGAACGUCGUCAUCAACCCAGUCAGGGUCAACAAGGAGCCGUUCACGAGGACGCAGUGGGCCGUCAGCGCCGUCACAAUUGCGACGAUCAUCUUGUGGUGCGUUGAGAGCAAGUUGGCGUGGCUCUUCGGCGACAUGGGCAUCAUCGCCAUCCUGCCGAUUGUCGCGUUUUACGGGAGCGGCGUCUUGCGAAAGGCCGACUUCGACCAUUCGCCUUGGAGUAUCGUCUUCCUCGCGAUGGGCGGAAUCGCUCUCGGCAAGGCCGUCCUCUCCUCCGGUCUCCUCGACGACAUUGACUCGGUGAUCCAGCAAGCCGUACUUGGCAUGGACGUCUGGCCGAUCCUCGCACUCUUCGGCAUGCUCGUCCUCGUCCUCGCGACCUUCAUCUCGCACACCAUCGCCGCCGUCCUCAUCGUCCCGAUUGCAGCGCAGAUUGGCGAUGCGAUGAAGACGCCGCACAGCCGCUUGCUCGUCUUCGCAACGUCGCUCAUCUGCUCGGCAGGAAUGGGUUUGCCUGUCUCCGGCUUCCCCAACUUGCAAGCGAUCAACCAAGAAGACGAGCUCGGCCAGCGGUACCUCGACCCGCGAGACUUCUACGUCAACGGCUUGCCCGCCUCGGUCGUCGCGACCGUGAUCAUCGUCACCCUCGGCUACGUUAUCAUGCGACUCAUCGGCUUGUAG